AUGGAUAACCGCAUGAAACGGGCGGGCACGAAGCGUGAACGCGAGCUCAGCCUGGGACACCAGCAGGUGCCGACCAAACGAGUCAAGGGAGCCCCGACAGAUGUAUCUCCGAGUCGUGAUCCAUCUACGAGUCCUGAUGCUCUCGCACUUCCUCCGAUCAAACCUUCACAAGAUAGCGGGUCUUCGAAUAAGGCUACCAAAUUUCCUACAAGGCCUACCAGUAGCUUGACCACCAAGCUAAUCCCUCCGGCUGCCAUCAAGCUCUUGGGUCUAUCCUCUCCCAAGCUCACCACGUCAACUUACGGAGGUCUUGUCAUGUCGGAAGUUGGUCACAGGAGCGCAGUGCAUCUUGCGGCACCAGUCGACCGACAAGACCCUUCUCUGAGGGCAUGCCAUAGUGAUGAUGAACUCAAUCGACGUGGGGAAUCGAGCUCUCCUGACGAGCUUGUUAUCGGACCGUUAGGGCGACACAGACAGCCAGUACGGCCACCCAGUCCUUUAGAUGCCCUAGUCAAGCUAGAUAAUAAAGAUGGUCAUGGCCCACUCGACCGACGUGUGGGUGACUCGAGCUCUCCCGACGAGCUUGUUAUCGGACCGAUGGCAGGACGUAGACGGCCAGUACGCCCACCUAGUCCUCUAGAUGCACCAUUUGUGGUGCGCCGUCACGAAGCUGAAAGAGGACAGCCUGUCUACGGCAAUCUUAUGCAAGAGCUCUCAUACUAUCAUCUGGGCACCUCGAAUGAGGCAGUUCACAAACAGGAGGUUAUCAAAUGGUCGCCAGAGAACAAAGGUGAUCAUGGCCAACUUGAUCGAGAUGUGGGGGAUUCGAGCUCUCUCGAAGAGCUUCUGACCGGAACUAUGGCACGACAUACAUCCCCAGCUCGCUCGCCGAGCCCUUUGGAGCGCGCAUUGGAGCGUCGCCGUCGGAAAUCCAUACAAGGACGGUCUGUCCUGAACAAUCCUGGACGAGGGCCUUCGCACUCUGAUCCUGAUGCCUCCGAGCCUGCCAAUAAAGCCAAGAUUGCCAAAAUGUCACCAGAGGAGCAAGAAAAAGUUCUCAAGACAGCCGAGAUACUCUUCGGCGUAUCAGACAGACAAUUAGACAGACAUCAGAGGGCUCUGGGUUUCGUCACUUGUCGACACCGGGUGGAAACAACGUGGAAGAAAGGCGAACCGCUACCGGAUUCAUCAGAGAACACAGGAGGAUCGGGCUACUUCUCUGCAUCAACUGCCCCCAGCGCCCUACUCGCUUUCGUCGGUUGGAAGUUCGACCAGCUUCGGAAAGGCGACCCGAAGCAACUUGAUCGAUAUCCACCCCUCGACAUCAUCGGCAAGCGAGCCACCAUCUACUCGCGACUGUCACCGCGGGAUAUGCAGCUCAUUGCAGCACGCUCGAGAUCAUUCUCACUUAACUCUCGAGAGUUUGUUCUAAUACCAUCUCAUUGGAGCGAGCCCGUGACUAAGGACAUACUACAAUGGUAUGACCCAGAGGCUGGUCCAAGAGAUCAUCAGCCUCUGCAGGAGCCAAUUCCCAAGAAGCUCCCCCUGACAGACCCAAUAAAUGAUUCCCCAGCCCAAGCGACUUCGUUCACACCCGAGGACCCAGAGGAAGAGGAAGAAUUAGCGGACAAUGAUCACGAGUUUGACGUUAUGAGUUCUCCUCCUCGGAAGCAAACAGAGAGGGAGAGUAUGACGGAACCACGACACUUUAUCGAGUCAGAACUUCUCAGAAGGAGGCUGCUCAGCAGUCUUGAUGCGCUAGGAGAUCCGAUGGUCAUGGAGGCAGUUUUCGAGUCCAAGAAAUACAAGGAAAUUCGAGCAACGUCUCGUAGGCUCUUUCAAUACUAUAAAAACAAGAUGCGGCUUCAAUCUAUAGUGGAAGAUGGGAAGAGCAGGGACAGGACGCUGGCUAGGGUGGUCCGUUAUCGAUCAAUGGCCAGCUCCAAAAGGUCGCCGGGAACUCUUAGCGUCGGACAUCUGCAUGGGGGAGUCGAGACGUCCAAGGAAGAUACGCGAGCACUCCGACAGCUGCUCUUGAUUCUGGAAACCACUGCGACGAAUGAGAAUGGAGGAUCAGAUGAUGAGAUCGAGCUCGGCAGAGAAAAAAGGCGCGGUCAAGCAUUGGAGCAAGGGCGGGAACACGAGUAA